AUGCCUUUUAGUUCAGAUGGCGAAUUUUCAGCACCUAAAGUAUUUUCUACUAAAAUCACUCAAGAAGGCAAACAUUGGUUCUAUUGUGGCGUUCCUGGACAUUGUGAAAGUGGCAUGUACAGUACUCUCGUCGUUGGAAAUGAUGAUUCCGGGGGAACAAAUAAUGAAACUACAAAAAUUAUAAACCAAGAGGGACAAAAUGUGUUAAUAUUUGCAAUAGCAUUUAUUUUAUUUGGUUUUAUCAUGGACUUGCUUUUUCUCUUUUAUGACGCAAGAAAGGUUCCAGAGCUUUAUAUAACAAGUCUUGUAGUCCUGAUAGUUCCAUUCGGUUUAAAUGUUGUAUUUAUGACUGCAACGAUAAUUCAUGAAAUUAAGACAAGUGAACAUAAUUGGUUUAAAGAAAUUUCAACUUAUUUUCUGGCAUUAGUAAUAAUAGUUAUAGGAUCAGAUUUUGAUGCAUGGAAAUUGCUUGAAUCACGAAUUGGCAAUUUAAAAGGAUUUAAUGCACCACUUUCUGAUACAUCCAAAAUGUUUAUGUUAUGGUGUAAUUUAUUGAGCAAAGGAUUGGAAGCAAUUAAACAUAUUAAACAUAAUGCGGGUGAGGAUGAAAAAAAUCAUAGUGUAGAUACAAGUGAAGAAAGUAGGUGCAAGUGA